AUGGCUACCACAGAGCGGAUAUCGUUUGGCUCACAUUACAAGUUUCCACUGAAACUUUAUCAGGUCGCUGAUGACGAGACCAUAAUUAAAUGGGCUGACGACGGUAACUCGGUUGUAGUUGAACAAGUGGAAUUCGAAGACAAUGUCAUGCUUUUUUACCCUGGUUUCGUUCAAGUGAGAUCAUUUCACAAUCUGCGACGUCUGUUCCGCGACUACGGAUUUCGGUUUCAAGUUUUGAGGAAAAGAAAACCGUAUGGCCUCAAGUUGAAGUUUCGCCAUCCGUUCUUUACCAGAACCAGGCCUGGCGAUGUGGUGCAGGUACGAAAGAUUUCGAGGAAAAACCCAUCGCCCCCUAAAUGCAUCGAUACAGAUUUGCCAAGACAACCAUAUUUUUCUAAACAAAGAGUAUUCAAGUAUUCUAAGUAUGAACACAAGCUGAACUCGAAGAUGGACAUUUUGGGAACUAGCUGUGGAGGACAAUACAUCCAGCCAAGUGCUGCUCCCUCGACUCUAGAUGAUGAUAACACAGAAACUAGAUCGUCAACAGUGCAAACAUUGCCUGUUAAUACAAUCCUGCCUAAAAUGUCUCACCAGCAUCAAGACCCAAGGCCUGGUAGUGUUCAGCUAACACCAUAUGAUAUCUUACAUCUGGCUCAAAUACUGGCCAAAAAUGAAAUGUCUGAAGCAGAAUUCUGGCAGUUAAUCACCCGGAGACGUGGUCUAGUCUGGGCAGACAAAUCGUGGGACGCUACCCUGAAUCUAUUAACAAAUCUUGUCAAUCCUGAAUUAUCUCUCUUACACCACCAAGGUUUCUACUACCAGCUUUCUAUUGGGGAAUUAUGA